GCCGUUCUUCUAGGGAGAAAGAAGCUGUAGUAGGAGUAUAUAUACAUACAUACAUACAUAUAUAUGCAUAGAUUUACUAGAGAGAGAAAAACAUGGUUCUAGACAGAAGAAUACAGCAAGACUCAGGGGUUUGAAGAAAGGAGACAUGCCCAAUUCCAUCCCAACAUUUUCCACUCCUUAUCCAAUCCCAAAGGUAAGUUAAACACUGUUGGGGGUUUCCUUAUAGCCAUUUACUAUCCAGAAGAAUGCAGGGUUUUCGUAAGAAAGAUUCUGAUUUAAGCUCUGCCCAGUCAACGGUUCCACGUGUUGGUCAUUGUGCAUCUUGGUGGACUUCCACUGCAUCACAAAUUCAAGAGUCUUCUCUAUCCAAAAAUUUAGGCUUGAAAAUGUCAACUCCAAAUCAACAUGGCCACAAUGUGAAGCAAAUGGGAUUUCAAUUUCAAGACCAAGACUCAUCCUCAACUCAAUCAACUGGUCAAUCUUAUAAUGAGGUAGCCAGUGUAGGAGAAAGUAAUCCUUGUGGAAAAAGCAUAAUGUCAAUGCAAUCGGGAUAUAAUGGAACACAUGGGAAGCCUGACGUGGGUCAAAUUAAGUCAGCUUUAUUGAAUGGCACUCAGGACUGUGUUCUACCUCCUUCACAAGUUGAUUAUAGACAACCAUUUACUUGCAUUCCACUUCCGUAUGCAGAACCAUACUAUGGUGGGCUACUGGCUACUUAUGGGCCACAGGCUAUGAUUCAUCAUCCCCAAAUGCUGGGGGUGGCUCGUGUGCCACUGCCUCUUGAUUUUCCUCAGGACGAGCCCAUAUAUGUUAAUGCAAAACAAUUCCAUGCAAUUCUCAGGCGAAGACAAUACCGUGCCAAGCUUGAAGCUCAAAACAAAGUCUCAAAAGCUCGAAAGCCGUAUCUGCACGAGUCUCGCCAUCUACACGCGUUAAAGAGGGCAAGAGGAUCUGGUGGACGAUUUCUCAACACACAGAAACUCCAGGAAUGCAAGCUCAAUGGCAUGACCAAUGGGAAAGACAACUCCGGCUCGGUUCAGUUUCAUUUGACCGCUAACAUGUCGGAAUCUGAAGUUCACCACCCUGAAAAUUACAAAGAGGGUCCUUCGACAACGUCUUGUUCUGACGUCACUAGUGCCUCCAACAGUGAUGGUAUGUUUCAGCAUCAAGAAUUUCGGUUCUCCCUCUACCCUAAUUGCAUUGGUGGGGCCGUGCAAAGUGGCGAGAACCUGCACUCUCUCUCAGUUCAUCGGUGAGAGAUGAGACCAACGGCGUUUGAAUCAGCAAAUCCGUGUUCCGGUAAUGCUGAUGAAAUGGGGAAGUCAUCCUUGGCUCAGUUUGAUAGGUUAUGUUUGUGUUGCUUCUUGACUUAAAACUUGUCGAUAACAUGGGAUGUGGAGGUUUUGCUAUGUCAUAAUUGCGAUUUGGAAAAACAAACAUGCUUUAAUUAGGUUAUGGGUGAUUUGAACAAGUGAAGAACACUAUAGCUUUAAUUCCUGGUUGUAAGGUGUGUUUUAAGUGUUUGCCAAGACUAAUUGCUUUGGUUAUUAUGAGGAUUUGUGAUUUGCUCUGGCAAAUAAACUAGGAUUUUAUGAUUUUGUUAACACAGUGCAGCUCCAAUUGCAUUUGCAGAGAUCAAACCCGGAGUUGGAAAUAAAGUGGCCUGAUUUAAAAAAAAAAAA